AUGGCCCUGGUGCCCUACGAGGAGACAGCGGUAAUGGGCUUGCAGAAAUUCCACAAACCUCUUGCCACCUUCUCCUUUGCGAACCACACGAUCCGGAUCCGGCAGGACUGGAGACAGCUGGGAGUCGCCGCGGUGGUUUGGGACGCGGCCGUCGUUCUCUCCGCGUAUCUGGAGAUGGGAGCUGUGGAGCUGAGGGGCCGCCGUGCGGUGGAGCUGGGGGCCGGCACCGGGCUGGUGGGCAUAGUGGCUGCCCUGCUGGGUGCUCAUGUGACUAUCACGGAUCGAAAAGUAGCAUUAGAAUUUCUUAAAUCAAAUGUUCAAGCCAACUUACCUCCCCAUAUCCAACCCAAAGCUGUUGUUAAGGAGCUGACUUGGGGACAAAAUUUGGGGAGUUAUUCACCUGGAGAAUUUGACCUGAUACUUGGAGCUGAUAUCAUAUAUUUAGAAGAAACAUUCACAGAUCUUCUUCAGACUUUGGAACAUCUCUGUAGCAACCGCUCCGUGAUUCUUUUAGCUUGCCGAAUUCGCUAUGAACGGGAUAACGACUUCUUGGCGAUGCUGGAGAGGCAGUUUACUGUGACUAAGGUUCACUACGAUCCUGACAAAGACGUACAUAUUUACAAAGCACAGAAGAGAAACCAGAGGGAGGACUUCUAG